CGGGGGCAGGCGGGGGGUAGGGGAGGGGGUAAAACGAGACCGAGAUACGACACACGUAGAGGAUAAGUUUACCGACGUGUUUUUAUUUUGGUUUAGCUGUCAUCUUUUGACUUUCUUUAUGUGCUUGGUAUGAAGUUGUAAGACUCACAAAAGAUGUCUUCUCGAGUUAUCCGGAAGCUCCACGGUGACAAGAACUUGGAAAUACCGGGGGCCGCAUUAGCAGCUGAUGGGGAUAGCGAUGGUGCUGAGGACCAGGACACAGCCGUAACAUUUACAGGAGGAACAAAGAAAAAGACCAACAUUAAUCCAUUUGAUUUGUUGCUUGAUGAAUCUAAUUCGCCAUCUGAAUCUGAAGGACAAGCCGAAGAGAACCAUGAAACAGAGGCAUCCCUUGCUCAAGCCGAUCAAACAGGACAAGACGCUGGUAAGAGGAAGAAAAAAAAGAAGAGGAAGAAAUCAACCAGACAGCAUCAAAAUGCAAGGAGUAGUGAAGACAACAUUGAGGAUGAUGAAGUAGAGAGGUCUGUGAAAGAAGUUAACCGAAUUCUGGGUGAAGCUGCACCUGCUCCAUCCAUAAACCAGGAUUACAAUACAACAGGUUUUGGUAGCCGCAAAUGCUCUCUUGGAGUUGAACAUAAACAUCUAAAUCCUAGUAAUGAACUCAAAAGAAUAUUUGGUUCAAAAAUUAUUCAAGCCGAGACAAGGAAAAAGCGUAAUCAAAGAGUCCGUACUUUAAAGUCCACUUGGCUUGUGACAGCCAAAGAGAAUUGGCCUCAAAUUGGAAAACAAGGUUUGUCUAUGAAGUUAUUGGAAACAAAGGAUGGGAUGAUGUAUUUCACACUUGAUCACAAUCCUGCUUACCAAGCUGUGGAGAUGAAAUUCUUAGAUGCUGUUGAAAGUUUACGUCCAGAUAAUAUUGUGGCUGUGGUCAACAUGCAUCCGUAUCAUGUCAACUCUCUACUACAACUGUCAGACAUAUGCCGCCUCAGUGAGGAUCUGGCAAUGGCUGCAGAAUUAGUUGAGAGAGCUUUGUUUGCUCUCGAGUGUGCCUUUCACCCCUCAUUCAAUGUUGCACUAGGGACUUGUAGACUUGAUUACAAAAGACAGCAAAACAGGUCUUUGUAUGUUGCAUUAUUCAAACAUAUACUGUUUGUUGGAGGACGUGCCUGCUAUCGAACUGCACUUGAAUUCUGCAAAUUACUUCUUGCUCUUGAUCCAGAACAAGAUCCUCUAGCCAUCAUUCUUGCAAUGGACUUUUAUGCCUUGAGAGCUAGGGAGUAUCAAUGGCUUAUUGACUUUUUUGAAGAGUGGGAACCUCGAAGGAAUCUGUCACAGCUUCCAAACUUUGCUUUUUCUGUAGCUUUGGCUCAUUUCCAAUUAUCUCAGUCUCAGAAUGGUUCAGGUGACUCAUCACUCGCAGAUAAAAUGCUUCAGGAAGCUUUAAUUAUGUUUCCUGGUGCACUCCAACAACUUUUGGAUAAGUGCUCUGUAGUUGUGGAUUCCAAAAUGUCAUCACAUCCAUUCUUCACCUUGGAGUCCAAUAAAAAUGAAAGUCAAGCUCUUGGACAACUUAUCCAGCUUUAUGUUAUUCAAAGUUAUCAUGUUUGGAAAGAACCUGAGCUACUUCCCUGGCUGCAGAGAAAUGCUCACACUGUAUUGGAUAGAGUUACUUCAAAUGAUCCUGUAAUCAUUGAUGCAGAAAAAAAGCGAGGCAUACGGUAUGCUGGGACACCACCUAGAAACAUUUUGAGAUACAUAUUCUUAUGUGAUAGAAAGGAUUUAACACCUCAAGGGUUACCUGCAAAUCAACUUGGCCCUAUCAUGUCUCUUGAUCCAUUACCUCCAUCAGACUCUGUUGAUCUGUAUACCCGCCCUCAACGUUCACGCUUGCCUGUUGAAACAAAUGUUUUCACUAAUUUCUUUCGGUCGUUACUGCCACAUUUCAACAUUGAUGAAGCUGAGGCAUUAGUUAAUGAAAAUGAAAAUCAUGAGGAAGUUCAAGAAGAUGGAGGUGUACUAAAUGAUGUAACAGCAAGAGUGCGCACUUUAAUGGAAAGUGUGAGAGACUUAAUGGCUAGUCUUACCCAUGAUUCAGAUGCCAAUGAGUCGGAAGGAGAUGAAACCGACACAGCUUAAUUUAAGUUAUCAAUCAAUUAAUUAAUUAACAGUGGGAAAUUGUGGAAAUUUCAAAUAUUUAAGAAGAUAAAACUUACAUUGUAAUUUAAUUUCUAAUUAAUCAAUCAAUCAUUUGUGGGAAAUGGGGUUGUGGAAACUUCAAACAUUUGCAUUUGUCUCAGCAUAGACCCAAGCACCCAGCAGUCAUUUUUGUAAUAAAUUUGUUUCUAUUUCUCUGAAAGCUGUUGUUGUCUCUCAUAGGACUGCUGGUCGAUGAAUUGCUUAUACUUUGUCAUAUAGCUUUGUUGUCGAAAAUCAUUCUACUUAAGUUUACAGUUAGAUGAUCUCCCUCAAACUGCUUAUGUGUUGUUUCUGUUGUUUUCCUCCUAUCCUCUUCGUUUUUCAUUUGCCUUUGAAAUAUUUCUAAGUUGCUUUUAAUUCCAGUUUGUUUAAACCCUUUACUUUGUAUUUGUGUUUUGAAGGAAAAUUUUCGAUAUCAAAUUUAUUUCUUAGCUGCUGUGAAUGAUCUCAAUCAUCAAGAUAGCUUACAGUAGACUCCAUUAUAAAUAUUACAUCUGUUCAAAUUAUUAAGGUUUGAAUCAUUAUUUUAGUUAAAUUUAAAGUUCCUGUUUCCCUUGCAUAACUUGCACAAAACAAGUUCAUGUAUUGCAUGGUACAAACAAUAGGAAACAAGUUUGAUAAUUGUGGUGACUGAUUUUCAUACUCAAAUUUUUUCCUUCUAUCAAGUGAAACUAUUAGGUAUCUAAUUACUGGAAGUAGGAUUGAAACUGUUGGCAAUGUAAUAUCCACUUUCUUUCUGCAAUGUGAUAAAUUUUAAUAAACUGUGUUAUUGUAAAAAAAAAAAUCAAA